AUGAAGUGCUUCUCCGCCGCCACAGCCCUUGCCCUCGCCUCCGUGGCACAGGCAGCCCCUGCUGUUCUCAACGCCCGUCAAGCCUCAUCUGGCGCCACUAGUGCUGCGUCCGUUGCGUCUGCUGCGUCCUCGUCCGCGGUGGGUUCGGCGACUGCCACAGGAAGCGCUGCAUCGAGCGCAUCGACAGCCAGUGGAACCACGUCUCCCGGUGCUACGGCAAACAAUGACACUGAGAUUCUUCAGUACGCUUUGACGCUCGAGCAUCUUGAAGCUGCCUUUUACAAUCAAUCCAUCGCUCGCUUUGGCGAUGAGGACUUCCAAGCCGUUGGACUCAACGCUAGCGUCCGCAACCAGCUGUAUUCCGUCGGUCAGGAUGAGGCUGCCCACGCUGCUUUCUUGACUCAGGCUUUGGGCGAGUCGGCCGUUCAACCGUGCACUUACAACUUCAGUAGCGUCACGGAUGUCGCUUCCUUCUUGGCCACCGCCACCGUUCUCGAAGGUGUGGGUGUCUCUGCGUACCUCGGCGCAGCGCCCUCGAUCAGCAACAAGACCUACCUAGCUGCCGCUGGAAGUAUCUUGACCUCCGAGGCUCGUCACAGCUCUAUCGUCUUAGCCGCCGCGGCAGCUGCGAGCAACUCGACGGACAAUGCUGCCCCCUCUCCUUUUGACACUCCUUUGACCUCUCAACGCACCGUCUACUCUUUGGCCGCUCCAUUUUUCGAGUCUUGCCCUCAAGAUCUCGGACUAAAGGCCUUCCCCGCCCUGACGGUCAGCCCCGCCCAAGGCGACAAUGCGACGGCACAAAGCGCCGAGCCCAGCAGCGGUGCGCUCUCACCAGGCGCACGCGUUCAGCUCGACUAUGAGCAGACUGGCGGCAACGCUGCGCAGGUCAACGCGACCGGUAGCGGGAACACGACAUCGAGCGCAAGCAACACGACCUACCUUGCCAUUGUCCAGGGACCUCUGCCUCCGUCCUUCGUCCCCAUCGAGAAUGGUCAAGCGACAUUGCCAACUAACGGCACUUUCGGUGGUCAGGCUUACGCAAUCGUCACCACCGACAACUCGACCGUCAGCGAUGACAAUACCCUGGCUGUCUCUGUCAUCACCUUUGAUUCUCCCCUCCCUGUCGCACCACCCGCAAACUCGUCCGCUUCCUCCUCUGCGGCAUCCAGCGCUACUGCAACCGCAACUCCCCUCGCAUCUGAUGACGCCUCCCCAUCCGUCACCGGAAGCGCGACUGCAGUGGGUCUCGGUCCCGAGCUAACGGGCUCCCCCUCUCCUCGUCCUGUCUCCGUCAGCGCGACUGCUUAA